CGCUCCCCUCCGCCGCACCGCAGCCGCCCGCUGGCCUCCUUCUCGCGCUCACAGGAUCCCUUCUCUCAGGACAUCGAGGUCCUUCCUGCAGCCACUCCUGCUUGGACCAUGUCUUCCUCUGAUGAAGAAACGCUCAGUGAGCGAUCCUGUCGGAGUGAGAGGUCAUGUCGGAGUGAGAGAUCUUACCGGAGUGAGCGGUCAGGGAGCCUGUCUCCCUGUCCCCCCGGGGACACCUUGCCCUGGAACCUGCCACUGCACGAGCAGAAGAAGCGGAAAAGCCAGGAUUCUGUGCUGGACCCUGCAGAACGCGCCGUGGUCAGAGUCGCUGAUGAGCGGGAUCGGGUGCAAAAGAAAACAUUCACCAAGUGGGUCAACAAGCACUUGAUGAAGGUUCGCAAGCACAUCAAUGAUCUCUAUGAAGACCUUCGGGAUGGACACAACCUGAUCUCCCUGUUAGAGGUCCUCUCGGGCAUCAAACUGCCCAGAGAGAAGGGCAGGAUGCGUUUUCACAGGCUGCAGAACGUGCAGAUUGCGCUGGACUUCCUAAAGCAGCGGCAGGUGAAACUAGUGAAUAUCCGCAAUGAUGACAUCACAGAUGGCAAUCCCAAGCUAACCCUGGGCCUGAUCUGGACCAUUAUCUUGCACUUCCAGAUCUCUGACAUCUACAUUAGUGGGGAAUCAGGGGAUAUGUCAGCCAAAGAGAAACUACUCUUAUGGACUCAGAAAGUAACAGCUGGUUACACAGGAAUCAAAUGCACCAACUUUUCUUCCUGCUGGAGCGAUGGGAAAAUGUUCAAUGCAUUGAUUCACCGAUACAGACCGGAUCUAGUAGAUAUGGAGAGAGUACAAAUCCAGAGUAACCGAGAGAAUCUGGAACAGGCUUUUGAAGUAGCUGAGAGACUUGGGGUCACCCGACUACUGGAUGCAGAAGAUGUGGAUGUGCCAUCUCCAGAUGAAAAGUCUGUAAUCACUUACGUGUCUUCAAUUUAUGAUGCCUUUCCCAAAGUUCCUGAGGGAGGAGAAGGAAUCAGUGCCACGGAAGUGGACUCCAGAUGGCAAGAAUACCAAAGCCGAGUGGACUCACUCAUUCCCUGGAUCAGGCAGCAUACAAUCUUGAUGUCAGAUAAAUCUUUUCCCCAGAACCCUGUUGAACUAAAGGCACUUUAUAACCAAUAUAUACACUUCAAAGAAACAGAAAUACUGGCCAAGGAGAGAGAAAAAGGAAGAAUCAAAGAGUUAUAUAAGUUAUUAGAGGUGUGGAUUGAAUUUGGCAGAAUUAAACUGCCUCAAGGCUACCACCCUAAUCAUGUAGAAGAAGAGUGGGGAAAACUCAUUGUUGAAAUGCUAGAGCGAGAGAAAUCCCUACGGCCGGCUGUGGAGAGGCUAGAAUUGCUGCUGCAGAUUGCAAACAAAAUACAGAAUGGUGCUUUGAACUGUGAAGAAAAACUGACACUAGCUAAGAAUACACUGCAGGCUGAUGCUGCACACCUGGAAUCAGGACAGCCAGUGCAGUGUGAGUCAGAUGUCAUCAUGUACAUUCAAGAGUGUGAGGGUCUUAUCAGGCAGCUGCAGGUGGAUCUCCAGAUUCUACGGGAUGAAAAGUACUACCAGUUAGAAGAGCUGGCCUUUAGGGUCAUGCGUCUGCAGGAUGAGCUGGUUACCUUGCGCUUAGAGUGUACAAAUCUAUACCGGAAAGGCCACUUCACACCACUUGAAUUGGUUCCGCCCUCUACUUUAACCACUACUCAUCUAAAAGCAGAACCCAUGAACAAGACGACUCAUUCUUCUUCUACCUCCUGGUUUCGAAAACCUAUGACCCGGACUGAACUUGUAUCUAUCUCAUCCUCUGAAGAUGAAGGCAAUCUCCGAUUUGUAUAUGAACUACUCUCUUGGGUAGAAGAGAUGCAGAUGAAACUGGAGCGAGCAGAGUGGGGUAACGAUUUGCCUAGUGUGGAGUUGCAGUUGGAAACACAACAACAUAUCCAUACCAGUGUGGAAGAACUGGGCUCAAGCGUCAAAGAGGCUAGGUUGUACGAGGGAAAGAUGUCCCAGAAUUUCCAUACCAGCUAUGUCGAGACUCUUGGAAAGUUGGAGACACAGUAUUGUAAAUUGAAGGAGACUUCUAGCUUCCGAAUGAGGCACCUUCAGAGCCUGCACAAAUUUGUCUCCAGAGCCACAGCUGAACUGAUCUGGCUGAAUGGGAAGGAGGAAGAAGAGCUGGCAUGUGAUUGGAGUGACAGUAAUCCCAAUAUCUCAGCCAAGAAAACCUACUUCUCUGAGCUGACAAUGGAACUGGAAGGGAAACAAGAUGUAUUUCGUUCUCUACAAGAUACAGCAGAGCUGUUGUCACUUGAGAACCACCCAGCUAAGCAGACAGUGGAGGCAUACAGUGCUGCUGUCCAGUCACAGUUGCAGUGGAUGAAGCAGCUGUGCUUAUGUGUUGAACAACAUGUAAAAGAGAAUGCAGCUUACUUCCAGUUCUUCAGUGAUGCCCGAGACCUGGAGUCAUUUCUGAGAAACCUCCAAGACUCCAUCAAACGAAAAUAUACCUGCGACCACAACACCAGUCUGUCCCGCCUUGAAGAUCUGCUUCAGGACUCCAUGGAUGAAAAGGAGCAGCUUAUACAGUCCAAGAGUUCUGUUGCCAGUCUUGUUGGGAGAUCAAAAACCAUUGUUCAGCUAAAGCCACGAAAUCCAGACCAUGUGCUGAAGAGCACAUUAUCUGUGAAGGCCAUCUGUGACUACAGGCAGAUUGAGAUCACUAUUUGCAAAAAUGAUGAAUGUGUGCUGGAAGAUAAUUCUCAGAGGACCAAAUGGAAGGUGAUCAGCCCUACAGGGAACGAGGCAAUGGUGCCAUCAGUCUGCUUCCUCAUUCCCCCACCGAAUAAGGAGGCUAUUGAAAUGGCCAGCAGGGUGGAACAAUCUUACCAGAAGGUGAUGGCCCUUUGGCACCAGCUACAUGUUAACACCAAAAGCCUUAUCUCCUGGAACUACUUGCGGAAGGACCUUGAUGCUGUACAAACCUGGAACUUAGAAAAGCUUCGUUCCUUAGCACCAGGAGAGUGCCACCAAGUUAUGAAGAACCUCCAGGCCCACUAUGAAGACUUUCUACAGGACAGUCAUGACUCUGCCCUCUUCUCUGUGGCCGAUCGAUUGCGAAUAGAGGAGGAGGUGGAAGCUUGUAAAGCCCACUUCCAGCACCUGAUGAAAUCAAUGGAGACUGAGGACAAAGAAGAGACUUUGGCUAAGGUAUACAUCUCAGAGCUGAAGAAUAUCCGACUACGCCUGGAGGAGUGUGAGCAGAGACUGCUCAAACAAAUUCAGUCUCCAGCCAGCUCUAAGACUGACAGAGAUGCCAGGCAGGACAUCGCAUUGAGGAUUGCAGAGCAGGAGCACACACAGGAGGAUUUACAGCAUUUGAAAUCUGACCUGGAUGCUAUUUCUAUGAAAUGCAACGUCUUUCUCCAGCAGUCUCCAUCAGGCUCAAGUGCCACAACUCUUCGCUCAGAGCUGAACCUCAUGGUAGAGAAGAUGGACCACGUCUAUGGUCUGUCUACUGUCUAUCUGAAUAAGCUAAAGACAAUUGAUGUUAUAGUACGUAGCAUACAGGAUGCUGAACUGUUGGUCAAAGGUUAUGAAAUCAAGCUGAGUCAAGAAGAAGCAGUGCCAGCAGACCUCUCAGCUCUGGAGUCCCAUCGUACCACGUUACAGCACUGGCUUAGUGAUGCGAAGGAUAAGAAGUCGGUGCUCUCAGUUCUGGAUGAGGAAAUCACUAAGGCCAAGGGAGUUGCAGAACAGCUCCAGCACCCAGCAUCAGAGCCAAACUUGGAUUUGGAACGUUAUCAGGAGAAAGGUUCUCAGCUACAGGAGCGGUGGCACCGUGUCAUCGUCCAGCUGGAGACCCGGCAAUCUGAGGUAGAAAGUAUCCAGGAAGUUCUGAGAGAUUACCGAGCCUGCCAUGGAACUCUCAUCAAGUGGAUUGAGGAAACCACUGCCCAGCAGGAAAUGAUGAAGCCCGGCCAGGCAGAAGAUAGCAGAGUGCUGUCAGAGCAGCUUAGUCAGCAGACGGAACUGUUUGCUGAAAUUGAGAGAAAUCAGACAAAACUGGACCAAUGUCAAAAAUUUUCCCAGCAGUACUCCACUCUUGUGAAGGACUAUGAGUUGCAGCUAAUGACGUACAAGGCCUUUGUGGAAUCACAGCAAAAAUCUCCAGGCAAACGCCGUCGCAUGAUUUCCUCUUCAGAUGCCAUCACACAGGAGUUCAUGGACUUGAGGACUCGUUACACAGCUUUGGUGACAUUAACAACUCAGCAUGUAAAAUAUAUCAGUGAUGCUCUCCGGCGGUUGGAAGAGGAAGAGAAAGUGGUAGAAGAGGAAAAGCAAGAACAUGUGGAGAAGGUUAAAGACCUUUUGGGUUGGGUGUCUACUCUGGCAAGAAAUACACAAGGAACAACUACCUCAUCUCGCACUAGUGCAUCUGCAGACAUUGAGAAGGCCAUUUUGGAGCAGCAGGUUCUGGCCGAAGAGCUGACAACCAAGAAAGAACAAGUUUCUGAGGCCAUUAAAACUUCACAGAUCUUCUUAGCCAAGCAUGGUCAUAAGCUUUCAGAAAGAGAGAAGGACCAGAUCUCUGAGCAGUUGAGCGCCCUGAACAAGACUUACCAUGACCUUUGUGAUGGUUCCGCAAGUCAGCUCCAGCAGCUCCAAAGCCAGUUGGCUCAGCAGACAGAACAAAAGGGUUGCCAAGCAGUUGCUGGUGUGAUUGACCUAGGCACAGUGGAGAUAUUUCCCAUCUUCAGAGCCAUGCAAAAUGGCCUCAUUGACCAAGACACAGGCCUUGUCCUCCUGGAAUCCCAGGUUAUCAUGUCUGGCCUCAUUGCUCCUCAGAACAGUGAAAAGCUCUCCUUGGAAGAGGGUCUCACCAGAAAUCUCAUUAACCUUCCAAUAUAUCAGCAGCUCCUGGGACUAAGGGAUUCUCUGUCUUUAAUAAGCAGGCUUACAGGCACCCAAGGCUCCCUUUCUGUGGUGGAAGCAAUUGAAAAGAAAAUAAUAAGUGAGAGACUUGGAUUGAAAGUCUUAGAAGUUCACCUGGCAACUGGAGGUUUCAGUCUCUCCCCUAGUGAGAACUGUAUUAAUCUGGAGGGAGCUUUUCAUCAAGGCUUCAUUGCAUCAUGGCUUCAUUCAGAAUUGCAGUCUCACCUGAGAUCAUCCAAGAAUUUAAUAGACCCCAAUACAGCUGAAAAAGUUGGCUUGCUGGAACUGAUGCAGAGAUGUAUCAUCCAUCAAGAGUCAGGGUUGAAAUUGUUGCCUGUCAAGCAGUUGGCAAGGGGAAUGGUGAGCUUGAAAUCAGGUCGGAAAGUUAGCAUUUUCCGUGCUGUCCAGGAAGGGCUGAUAGAUAAGCAGGUCACUGUCCGGCUGUUGGAAGCUCAGCUAUUUGCUGGUGGCAUAGUAGAUCCAAGAACAGGACACAGACUUACUGUGGAAGAGGCUAUGAGACAUAAUUUGAUUGACCAAGAUAUGGCCUGCGCUAUUCUCAUAAGGCAGCUUCGGACAGGAGGCAUCAUUGACACUGUCACAGGGGAUAGGAUGACUAUUGAUGAAGCAGUGACCAAUAAUCUAGUAGCUGCUAAGAUUGCUCUUGUAAUUCUAGAAUCCCUCUGGUCAUUUAUGGGGUUCCUAUUGCCUGAAUCUGGAGAGAUCCUCCCAAUUACAGAUGCGCUAGAACAAGGUAUUGUGUCUACUGAAUUAGCACAUAAAAUCCUCCAUAACCGACAGCAAAUUGAGGCUCUUUUUCUACCAACACUCACAGAGAUUUGGUCCUGGGAAAAAGCAGCAGAGAGUGGUAUCCUAGAUAAAGAUCUUGUCAAUAACUUAAGGUCAGUUCGUAUCCCUGACAUGAUGCCCCACAUACAACUAGCAGACUCUGCAGAACAAAGCAAGGUAGGCGUUGCUGCUGGUAAACCACCUGUGUCACACCAAAGAGAGGAAAAAUGUAGCUCUGGAGAGAAGCUGCUGUUUCAGCUGAUGACUCACGGCGUCAUUAAUGCACACACUGGACACAGGCUGCUUUUGCUGGAUCAAGAGAUGGUGGAGAUGCUAACAUCCAGAGAUGACUGUCAAAUCAUUCUUCCAGAAGUAUUUGAAAUUCAGCAUCAAAGACUGGACACUUCUGAGGAAUUACAAGAAUUGGAUACUGGGAUCAUUUCCCAAAUUUCCAGUGCUAAGCAUCCUAGGAAGCCCUGUGAAUCCCAGUGUCCUCCUCAGAACAAAGACCAUCCCAGUCAGGAAAACUGUACUGAAGCAAAAGGUGAAAGGUCUAUGGUAGGAAUAAAGCGCUCUUCUGCAGAGAGCCCUGAAAGAGAGCUGUUUGUGGGAGAACAAGAAGCCAUUACUGAAAAUGUUGGCAGUUUGAAGGUCAUCAAUAAAAUCAAGUUAGAGCUACAAAGACCAUUAUUAGGAAGUAAAAAGGAAGAGCAAACAGAAAUGUUUAGCGAGGAAAGUAUCAGUGGAGACCCCCUCCUUGUAGAAUGUCCUGGGGAAUCUGAAGGGAUGGCCUUGGUGUUUGACAAAGACCUUUCUACUGAGAAGUCAAAACACCAAGCUCCCACAAAGUCUUUGUUUGCAUGUCGUAAAGAACAAAUGAAGCCUGUCAAAGCUGGCCAUAUUCCAGGUGAAACUGGAAUACCACUCAUAAAGUCUCAUAAUAAAAUGUCACAAUUUCAGGUAGAUACUUCUAUAAGUUUGAAAUCAGAAUUUAAGUCAGAACAUGAUAUGAAUGUUAAUUCUUUAAAGAAAGAAUUAAAUGAAGUACUUUUGGUUAAGGAUCACCACAAACAAAGCCAAGAAGGACAGAGUGUUGCAGAUGGUCAGAUGGUGAUAUUAGAAAAGGCUGAUACAGAAGAUAGUGGUAGUGAGCCUUCCUUGUUGUGUAGCUCUCCUUUUGAAGACACUACCUUGAGUACACUAUCUGCACAGCUACAGGAUGGUGGUAUCUUUUAUGAAGAAACAGGUCAGAAACUCUUACUAAAUGAAGCAAUAGCCCAAGGCCUUGUGUCCAGCCACACAGCUGUGAAACUUAUGGGGAAAUUGAACAUGUUUCGGGGCUUCUUUGACUCCCAGACCUGUGAGUCUUUGACAACUGAAGAAGUUAUUGAUGAAGGUCUAAUGGAUGAGAAAUUAUUGUAUAAUGUCCUUAUGUCAGACAAAGCUAUAAGUGGUAUCUUAGACCCCAGGACCCACUCACUGUGCUCUGUAAAGGAGGCUGUGGCAGCUGGACUGAUUGACAAGGAGACAGCCACAAGGAUUUUAGAGGGACAGGUGAUAACUGGUGGAAUUGUUGACCUGAAACGAGGCAAAAAGCUUUCAGUAACUUUGGCCUCAAAUCUUGGUUUGGUAGACAUUGCUGACCAGACAGAACUUAUCAAUCUGGAAAAAGCUACCAAAGGCAGAGGUGCUGAAAAGGCAGUUAAAGAGAGAUUAAUCAGGCUACAAAUGGAAACAACAGGACUUAUGGACCCUGAAAGUAAAGCACCAUUAACAGUUUUGCAGUCCAUUGAUAGAGGUCUUCUAGAGAGAGAAGAAGCUGUUUAUCUGUUGACUAAUCAAGUGCUUGAUGGUGGUAUCAUUCAUCAUAUAUCUGGCUUGAGACUUUCUGUUGAUGAUGCCUUUAAACAUGGCUUGAUUGGUGAAGAUGUAGCCAGGCAGCUCAGAAAAGUUGAGAACUUUAACCACCAUCAAUUUUUUCAUCCUCAAACAAAGGAAGCUCUUUCCUUCUCGGAAGCCAUAAAAUUAGAUCUUGUUUCUCCAGACUUGAAAAGAGAAAUCCAAGAGAUUCAGGACUUUAGUGGGAACUUAGAGGAUUUCAUUUAUGGCCAGAAAUUGACCUUGGCAAAAGCUAACAAAGGAGAAUCCUUAGCUAAUAAAACAGAAUUGCCUUCAGGAAUGAUGCAUGGAGUUAUAGAUCCUGAAAACUGCACAAUUAUUCCCUACUCAGAAUUGGUAAAGAAAUGUAGGAUUGACAUUGAAUCUGGAUGGAGAUAUCUUGAAGUAAUUCCAUUCUCUGAUAUUAAAGAUGAGACAAGCAACAAAGUGCUAACACUGUCUGAAGCAAUCCAGCAUGGAAAAGUAGACUUUGCAUCUACAUUGAAGGUUUUGGAAGCUCAGGCGAACACUGGUGGAAUCAUAGAUAUGACCACAGGAAAAAGAGUGACAUUGGCAUCAGCUCUGGAAAAGAAACAGUUAGAUGAAAACAUGGCCAGGAUUAUUGCAUCUCAUCAGGUGUUAACUGGAGGAAUUAUUGAUAUACAUAAUGAUCAAAGAGUGACUUUAAAUGAUGCUGUUGAGAAAAGAUUGAUUAGCCCUGAACUGGCAACUAUGAUCCAAGUAGAUACCUUAGGAAAGCAAGGUGGGACUGGAGUAUGUGAAUUGAAGGGUGAAUUUCUAAGAAAGGAGUUACUAUUUGAGUUUAGUAAGACUACCGGGGAGAGUUAUGAUAAAGAGAAACAUGAGGGAGUGUUACAAGUUGGCAGUCAGUGUACUCAAGGAAAGCCUGAUGGAAAGGUUUCUAAUGGGGAAAAGGCAGAAAAUGGCAAGAAGAUUUCAUUUGAAAUGGAAGGCCAACGUCAAGAGGAGGAGAAAGCUUCUACAGACAAUAAAGUAUCUGCCAGCAUCAUAAGUCCUUUUGGUCUUAAGGGUAAAUCUUCAUAUCAAGUUUUGGUGACACAUUCCUGCCCAGAAUCUUCUGAUUUGAAACUCAGAGAGGAAGCUAGCAGUCCUGUGAGAAAAUGUGCAGAUGUAGAGCGGGAGAAAGCGGGAACACAAGUAAAAGUGAUCUCUCACGUAAAGCAGUCAGCCUCAGGCCUGGAUGCUGAAGAAGCAAGAGGGUGUCAGGGGAGAAUGAUUUCAAAAGGACAAGAAUCUCAUUAUGAAACAGCAGGCAAACUGUGGAGUGAGCAGUCAGUGAAUGUGAAGGUUGGACGGAGAGUGAGGAGAGAGAUGGGUGGAGAGCGAAGUAUCCAAAUGAGCAGAGUAGCAGCAGUUCUUUCUGAGGAAGACUUGGCCCAGAAAGUUACAACUGAUGAUGAACAUGACCCCUCUGUGAAGAGCCAGGCUAUGAGAAUGACUGGGGAUGACAAGGAAAAAGAAGCUGGUAGAGAAAAGGAAGGCUUUCCUUCCCAGAUGACAUCCAAAGAUGUUUCCCUAAAAAAUAGAGAUGCUUUAACAUUCUUCAGUGAAGGGGAAAUGAGAACUGUAAACCUCUGUUCGAUUUUAAAACCAGGAGAAAAAUUAUCUCAAGAAACUGCUAGUACUGUCCAGAAAGAGCCAUUCUCUUCUGAAAUCUCAAGACCUGAAAGACUAAACUCCCAGGAAUCAGAUGGAGAAUCCCAAAUUUCAGAUGUACCCCACGUUUCCAAAGGAGACAUGGCUGCCCAAAUUACCUCAAGACAGGAGACUACUGAUGAGCAAGACCUGUGUAUUACAUCUAAGACUGUAGAGACCAAAGAUAAGAUUUUCCCACCCAAGAAUUAUAAAGAAAAUUUACAUCAAGGAAUACCUAUGGACUCAACAAGAGCUAAUAAAUUGAAAGAAACCCCAUUUUCUACUCUAGAUACGGAAGGUAUCAGUUAUCUAGAUUCCUCCGAUAUAAAGGGUCUUCAUGAGGAUAGCAAAGCGGAUUAUAGGUUUUGUGGACAUCAGAAAUCUAAAAUAACAAUAACCCAGGAAACAAAAUAUCUACAAGUAGUAAAUCCUCUAGUUAGAGACACAGAAGAAGGGUCCUCUGAAGAUAGAGUAGGUCAAAGAGGGCCCAGGAUCUUGGCAUCUCUUCCUCCAGAGAAACUGCCCAAAAGGACAGUGCAGAGUGAGAAUAUAAAGCAUCAUGAUGCUGUCAUUCCCACUGUUUCCGAACUCAGAGAGGAAAUGCCACCGUCCCUGCCAUGUUCUAUAGUGAAGAUACCCAAGGAAAAGCACAAAGAGUGCCUUGGGGAUGAACGAGCCCCCUUCAUGGCUAUACCUAUUGGGAAGGGGAGUGAAGGUGUAAAUUCAGCGCCUUGCAGAGCAACUCAGAAUGUGUUUACCCGGAGACUUUGUUUAGAACAUGAUGAGAAAUUGGUCUCCUAUCUGUCUCUGUUACGGGACAUUGAAAUGAGAACCAAACAGAUUCAACCUUUGGAGCUUAAUGUGGCAGAGCUUCAAGAUCUACUGGGUCAGGCCAAGGUAUUAGACAAGGAAUUAAAAGAUCUGUCCACCGUGGUGAGUCAGGAAUUGGAGCGUGUGGAUCGGAUUGUUACCAGUCAGCCACAAGAAGUUCCUGCUCAGCUGUUGAAGGCAUUAGAGAAAGAUGCCAAGACUCUUCAGAAGUCUCUAGGCUCCGUUAGUGACUCCUGGAGUUCCAGAUUCUUCCACCUCCAGAAUGCUGUGGAGGUAAAAAAGACCACAGUAUUAAAUCAGCACAAGGAACUGGAAAGCAAGCUUCAAGAUCUGAGAGCCUGGGUUGGCAGAGCCAGUCUUACUCUGAACAGCAAGGGAUAUGGCACUGAAGCUGGUGCUGACAGCCUGAGUCACACUCUCCAACAAUAUGAGGAUAUGAAACAAUCUAUGGCUGAAAGGAAGUCUCAGCUGGAUGCACUUGCUUUGGAUAUUCAGCUCUUUAUAUCUGAGCACCCACAGGAUCUGUCUCUUCAGCAGAAUAAGCAGAUGCUGCAGUUUCUGAGUGAAUUACAGAGGUCCUUCCAGGGCCUUGUGGAACACAGUGCAGCUCAGAAGGAUGUGGUGCAAGGCCAUCCUCAGCAAGUCCAGCAAGAAGUUCAGGUCAAGACUCUGCAGAAACAACAAGACACUUGCCAUAAGAAGCUGGAGGAUCUUUGCAACUGGGUGGGACAGGCAGAAAGAGCACUGGUGAGGCACCGGUGUGGAGCCUCUCAGCAAGAGCUUUCUGCUCUGCAGCAGAACCAAAGUGACUUGAAGGAUUUGCAGGGUGACAUUCAGAAUCAUUCCACCUCGUUUGCCACUGCUGUCAAAGAUAUUGAAGGCUUCCUGGAAGAGAACCAGACCAAGCUGAGCCCCCAGGAGCUGACAGCUCUUCGAGAAAAACUUCAUCAGGCAAAGGAGCAAUAUGAGGUUCUCCAGGAACGGACACGGGUGGCUCAGAAGGAGCUGGAGGAAGCAGUGACGUCAGCCUUACAGCAGGAGACGGAGAAGAGUAAAGCGGCAACGGAGCUGGCAGAGAACAGGAGGAAGAUCGAUGCUCUCUUGGACUGGGUGACUUCUGUGGGGUCAUCUGAUAGACAGCCACAGACUAACCUUCCAAGAAUGGAGCAGUUCUCUGGAGCUUGCCUAGAAAAACAAGCCUUGGAUGCCACUGAUGGUUUUGUGGAUGUGAACCAAGUACCAGAGAAACUGGACAGGCAGUAUGAGUUAAUGAAGGCACGUCACCAAGAAUUGCUAUCUCAGCAGCAGAAUUUCAUUGUGGCCACACAAUCAGCUCAGUCCUUUCUGGACCAACACAGUCACAAUCUUACACCUGAGGAGCAACAGAUGCUUCAAGAGAAGCUAGUUGAGCUUAAGGAGCAAUAUGCAGCUUCCCUGGCCCAGUCAGAGGCAGAGCUGAAGCAGACACAGACUCUAAGAGAUGAACUUCAGAAGUUCCUGCAAGACCACAGAGAAUUUGAAAACUGGCUGGAACGAUCUGAGAAUGAAUUGGAUAGUAUGCAUAAGGGAGGCAGCAGCCCUGAAGCUCUGAAUUCCUUGCGAAAGAGGCAAGGAAGCUUCUCAGAGGAUGUCAUUUCUCACAAAGGAGACUUGAGAUUUGUGACUAUCUCAGGACAGAAAGUCUUAGAAACAGAAAACAAUUUUGAGGAAGGCCAGGAGCCAUCAGCCACCAGAAUCUUAGUGAAUGAAAAACUGAAGAAUGCAACAGAAAGAUACACCACUCUCCACACUAAGUGUAUUCGAUUGGGCUCUCAUCUGAACAUGCUGCUAGGCCAAUAUCAGCAAUUCCAGAGCAGUGCUGACAGCCUGCAGGCCUGGAUGUUGACUUGUGAGGCCAGUGUGGAGAAGCUCCUCUCAGACACUGUUGCCUCUGACCCUGGAAUCCUGCAACAGCAGCUUGCAACAACAAAGCAGUUACAGGAAGAAUUGGCUGAACACCAAGUACCUGUAGAAAAGCUUCAAAAAGCAGCUCAUGACCUAAUGGACAUUGAAGGAGAGCCAGCCCUGGACCGUAGGCCUAUUCAAGAAACUACAGAUUCCAUAUUCAACCGCUUCCAGAGCCUCUCUUGUAGCUUGGCUGAGCGGUCUGCUUUGCUGCAGAAGGCAAUUGCUCAGUCUCAGAGUGUUCAGGAAAGUAUGGAGAGCCUGCUGCAGUCCAUGAGGGAAGUUGAACAAAACCUGGAAGGCGAGCAGGUGGCAACACUCUCAUCAGGAGUCAUCCAAGAAGCCUUGGCCAACAACAUGAAACUGAAGCAAGACAUUGCUAGACAAAAGAGCAGCUUGGAAGCCACCCGUGAGAUGGUCACUCAAUUCAUGGAAACAGCUGACAGCAGCUCAGCCUCAGUGCUGCAGGGCAAACUGGCAGAGCUGAACCAGCGCUUCCAACAGCUCCAGCUCCAGCAGCAAGAGAAGGAGAGCAACCUAAAGAAGCUCCUGCCCCAGGCUGAGAUGUUUGAGCAGCUCUCCAACAAGCUGCAGCAGUUCAUGGAAAACAAAAGUCGACUGCUGGCCUCUGGGAACCAGCCAGAUCAAGAUAUUGCACAUUUCUCCCAGCAGAUCCAGGAACUCACUUUGGAAAUGGAAGACCAAAAGGAGAACCUAGACACUCUUGAGCACCUUGUUACUGCUCUGGGCUCUUGUGGCUUUGCACUGGACCUGUCUCAGCAUCAAGACAAGAUACAGAACCUUAAGACGGAUUUUACAGAGCUGCAGAAGACAGUUCAAGAGAGAGAGAAAGAUGCAUCAACUUGCCAGGAGCAGUUGGAUGAAUUCCGGAAACUGAUUAGAACCUUCCAGAAAUGGCUGAAAGAAACUGAAGGGAAUCUUCCACCUGCAGAGGCUUUUGUGAGUGCUAAGGAAUUAGAAAAGCAGAUUGAGCACUUGAAGGGUCUUCUAGAUGAUUGGGCAAGUAAAGGAGUCCUAGUGGAAGAAAUCAACUCCAAAGGCACUUCCUUAGAAAGUCUCAUCAUGGACAUCACAGCACCUGAUUCCCAAGCUAAGACAGGUUCCGUACUACCCCCUGUAGGAAGCUCUGUAGGCAGUGUAAACGGAUACCACACCUGCAAAGACCUUACAGAGAUUCAGUGUGACAUGUCUGAUGUAAACUCAAAGUACGAGAAACUGGGAGGAUCGCUUCGGGAACGCCAGGAAAGCCUUCAGAGUGUCCUCAGCAGAAUGGAGGAAGUUCAGAAGGAAGCGAGCUCUGUACUACAAUGGUUAGAAUCAAAAGAAGAAGUUCUGAAAGCCAUGGAUGCCUCUUUGUCUCCAACCAAGACAGAAACAGUAAAAGCCCAAGCAGAAUCUAACAAGGCUUUCCUGGCUGAAUUGGAACAGAAUUCCCCUAAAAUCCAGAAAGUAAAGGAAGCCCUGGCCGGAUUACUGGAGACAUAUCCCAACUCACAAGAAGCAGAAAACUGGAAGAAAAUGCAAGAGGACCUCAAUUCUCGAUGGGAAAAGGCCACAGAGGUUACUGUGGCUCGCCAAAAGCAGCUAGAGGAAUCUGCAAGCCAUCUGGCCUGCUUCCAGGCUGCAGAGUCCCAGCUCCGCCCUUGGCUGAUGGAGAAGGAGCUGAUGAUGGGAGUUCUUGGUCCCCUGUCUAUUGACCCCAACAUGUUGAAUGCCCAGAAGCAGCAGGUCCAGUUUAUGCUGAAGGAAUUUGAAGCACGAAGGCAGCAGCAUGAGCAGCUGAACGAGGCAGCUCAGGGUAUCCUAACGGGUCCUGGAGAUGUGUCUCCAUCUGCCAACCAAGUACACAAAGAUCUGCAAAGCAUCAGUCAGAAGUGGGUUGAGCUCACUGACAAGCUUAACUCCCGUUCCAGCCAAAUUGACCAAGCUAUUGUUAAAAGUACCCAAUAUCAAGACCUGCUCCAGGACUUGUCAGAAAAGGUGAAGGCGGUCGGACAGCGACUGAGUGGCCAGUCAGCCAUCAGCACCCAACCUGAUGCUGUAAAGCAGCAGCUCGAGGAGACCAGUGAGAUUCGGUCUGACUUGGGACAAUUAGACAACGAGAUUAAGGAGGCUCAGACACUGUGCCAAGAACUCUCACUGCUCAUUGGUGAGCAGUACCUCAAGGAUGAGCUGAAGAAGCGUUUGGAGACAGUCGCCCUGCCGCUCCAAGGCUUAGAAGACCUUGCAGCUGAUCGCAUGAAUAGACUCCAGGCAGCUCUUGCCAGCACCCAGCAAUUCCAGCAAAUGUUUGAUGAGCUGAGGACCUGGUUAGAUGAAAAACAAAGCCAGCAAGCAAAAAACUGCCCGAUUUCUGCAAAAUUGGAACGGCUCCAAUCUCAGCUACAAGAAAAUGAAGAGUUUCAGAAGAACCUUAAUCAACACAGUGGUUCCUAUGAAGUGAUUGUGGCUGAGGGAGAGUCUCUGCUGCUUUCUGUGCCUCCUGGAGAAGAGAAAAAGACUUUACAAAACCAACUGGUUGAACUCAAAAGCCACUGGGAAGAUCUUAGUAAAAAAACUGCAGACAGACAGUCUAGGCUCAAGGACUGUCUGCAGAAAGCUCAGAAGUAUCAGUGGCAUGUGGAAGACCUUGUUCCCUGGAUAGAAGAUUGCAAGUCCAAGAUGUCUGAGUUGCAGGUUACCCUGGAUCCAGUGCAACUGGAGUCCAGCCUCUUAAGGUCAAAGGCUAUGCUUAGUGAGGCAGAGAAGCGCCGCUCCCUGCUGGAAAUACUGAAUAGUGCUGCUGACAUUCUGAUCAAUUCUUCAGAAAUAGAUGAAGAUGAGAUCCGAGAUGAGAAGGCUGGACUCAACCAGAACAUGGAUGCCAUUACCGAGGAGCUACAGGCUAAAACGGGCUCUCUAGAAGAAAUGACUCAGAGGCUCAAGGAGUUCCAGGAAAGCUUUAAGAAUAUUGAAAAGAAAGUUGAAGGAGCCAAACACCAGCUUGAAAUCUUUGAUGCCCUGGGCUCUCAAGCCUGUAGUAACAAGAAUCUGGAGAAGCUAAAGGCUCAGCAAGAAGUACUGCAGGCCUUGGAACCUCAGGUUGACUACCUGAGGAACUUCACUCAGGGACUUGUAGAAGACGCUCCAGAUGGAUCUGAUGCUUCCCCACUUGUGCAUCAAGCAGAAGUUGCACAGCAGGAGUUUUUUGAAGUGAAGCAAAGAGUGAAUAGUAGCUGCUUGACCAUGGAAAACAAGCUAGAGGGGAUUGGGCAGUUCCACUGUCGAGUCCGAGAAAUGUUUUCUCAAUUGGCUGACUUGGAUGAUGAGCUAGAUGGCAUGGGAGCCAUUGGUAGAGACACAGAUAGCCUCCAGUCACAAAUUGAGGAUGUACGAUUAUUCCUUAACAAAAUCCAAGCCCUCAGGUUUGACAUAGAGGACUCUGAAGCAGAGUGUCGAAAAAUGUUGGAGGAAGAGGGUACUUUAGACUUACUGGGUCUCAAGAGGGAGCUAGAAGCCCUUAACAAGCAGUGUGGUAAACUGACAGAGCGAGGGAAAGCUCGCCAGGAGCAGCUAGAGCUGACACUGGACCGGGUAGAGGACUUCUAUAGGAAACUGAAAGCACUCAAUGAUGCCGCCACAGCUGCAGAGGAGGGAGAAGCACUUCAGUGGAUUGUGGGGACUGAAGUGGAUGUCAUCAACCAGCAGCUAGCAGAUUUUAAAAUGUUUCAGAAAGAACAAGUGGAUCCUCUUCAGGUGAAAUUGCAGCAGGUGAAUGGACUUGGCCAGGGAUUAAUUCAGAGUGCAGGAAAAAACUGUGACGUGCAGGGUUUAGAACAUGACAUGGAUGAAAUCAAUACUAGAUGGAAUACACUGAAUAAAAAGGUUGCACAAAGAAUUGCACAACUGCAGGAGGCUUUGUUACAUUGUGGGAAGUUUCAAGAUGCCUUAGAGCCAUUGCUCAGCUGGUUGACAGACACUGAGGAGCUCAUAGCCAAUCAGAAGCCUCCAUCAGCCGAGUAUAAAGUAGUGAAAGCACAGAUCCAAGAACAGAAGUUGCUCCAACGACUCCUAGAUGAUCGAAAGGCCACAGUGGACAUGCUUCAAGCAGAAGGAGGCAGAAUAGCCCAGUCAGCUGAGCUGGCUGAUAGAGAGAAAAUCAUUGGGCAGCUGGAGAGUCUUGAAUGUAGAUGGACUGAGCUCCUCAACAAGGCAGCAGCCAGGCAAAAACAGCUGGAAGAUAUCUUGGUUCUGGCUAAACAAUUCCAUGAGACAGCUGAGCCUAUUUCUGACUUCUUAUCUGUCACAGAGAAAAAGCUUGCUAACUCGGAACCUGUUGGCACUCAGACUGCCAAAAUACACCAGCAGAUUAUUCGUCACAAGGCUUUAAAUGAAGAGAUUAUUAAUAGAAAGAAGAAUGUAGAUCAAGCUAUUAAAAAUGGUCAGGCUCUUCUAAAACAAACUACAGGUGAGGAGGUGUUACUUAUCCAGGAGAAGCUGGAUGGAAUAAAGACCCGUUAUGCAGACAUCACGGUCACUAGCUCCAAGGCUCUCAGAACGUUAGAACAAGCCCGGCAGCUGGCCACCAAGUUCCAUUCUACAUAUGAGGAACUAACUGGGUGGCUGAGGGAGGUGGAGGAGGAGCUGGCAGCCAGUGGAGGACAGUCUCCCACAGGGGAACAAAUACCCCAGUUUCAGCAAAGACAGAAGGAACUGAAGAAGGAGGUCAUGGAGCACAGGCUGGUGUUGGACACAGUGAAUGAGGUGAGCCAUGCUCUCCUGGAGCUGGUGCCUUGGAGAGCCAGAGAAGGACUGGAUAAACUUGUGUCUGAUGCCAACGAGCAGUACAAACUGGUCAGUGACACUGUUGGACAAAGGGUAGAUGAAAUUGAUGCUGCUAUUCAGAGAUCACAGCAGUACGAGCAAGCUGCUGAUGCAGAACUAGCUUGGGUUGCCGAAACAAAGCGAAAGCUGAUGGCACUUGGUCCGAUUCGUCUAGAACAAGACCAGACUACUGCUCAGCUACAGGUACAAAAGGCUUUCUCCAUUGACAUCAUUCGACACAAAGACUCAAUGGAUGAGCUCUUCAGUCACCGUGGUGAAAUCUUUAGCACAUGUGGAGAGGAGCAGAAAGCUGUACUGCAGGAGAAAACCGACUGCCUAAUACAGCAAUAUGAAGCCGUUAGCCUGCUUAACUCAGAGCGCUAUGCUCGCCUAGAGCGAGCACAGGUCUUAGUAAACCAGUUUUGGGAAACAUACGAAGAGCUGAGCCCCUGGGCUGAGGAAACACUAGCGUUAAUAGCACAGCUGCCUCCUCCAGCUGUAGACCAUGAGCAGCUCAGACAGCAGCAGGAAGAGAUGAGGCAACUAAGGGAAUCCAUUGCUGAACACAAACCUCAUAUUGAUAAGAUACUAAAAAUAGGUCCACAACUAAAGGAGCUAAACCCCGAGGAAGGUAAAAUGGUCGAAGAAAAAUACCAGAAAGCAGAAAACAUGUAUGCCCAAAUAAAAGAGGAGGUGCGCCAACGGGCCCUGGCUCUGGAUGAGGCUGUGUCCCAGUCUGCUCAGUUUCAUGAUAAAAUUGAACCCAUGUUGGAGACUCUGGAGAAUCUGUCCUCUCGCCUGCGAAUGCCGCCCCUGAUCCCUGCUGAAGUGGACAAGAUCAGAGAGUGCAUCAGUGACAAUAAAAGUGCCACCAUGGAGCUGGAGAAACUGCAGCCAUCCUUUGAAGCCCUGAAGCGUCGGGGAGAGGAACUCAUUGGGAGAUCACAGGGAGCAGACAAGGAUUUGGCUGCAAAAGAAAUCCAGGAUAAGCUGGAUCAAAUGGUAUUCUUCUGGGAGGACAUCAAAGCGCGGUCUGAAGAGCGAGAAAUUAAAUUCCUUGAUGUCCUUGAAUUAGCGGAGAAGUUCUGGUAUGACAUGGCAGCUCUUCUGACCACCAUCAAAGACACCCAGGAUAUUGUCCAUGACUUGGAAAGCCCUGGUAUUGACCCAUCCAUCAUCAAGCAACAGGUUGAAGCUGCUGAGACUAUUAAGGAGGAGACAGAUGGUCUGCAUGAAGAGUUGGAGUUCAUUAGAAUCCUUGGAGCAGAUUUGAUUUUUGCCUGUGGAGAAACUGAGAAGCCUGAAGUGAAGAAGAGCAUUGAUGAGAUGAAUAAUGCUUGGGAGAACUUAAAUAAAACUUGGAAGGAAAGGCUAGAAAAACUUGAGGAUGCCAUGCAAGCUGCUGUACAGUAUCAGGACACUCUCCAGGCCAUGUUUGACUGGCUAGAUAACACUGUGAUCAAGCUCUGCACCAUGCCCCCAGUGGGCACUGACCUCAACACUGUCAAGGAUCAGUUAAAUGAGAUGAAGGAGUUCAAAGUAGAAGUUUACCAACAGCAAAUUGAGAUGGAAAAACUCAAUCACCAGGGUGAAUUGAUGUUAAAGAAAGCUACUGAUGAAACUGACAGGGAUAUUAUACGAGAACCACUGACAGAACUCAAGCAUCUCUGGGAGAAUCUGGGUGAGAAGAUUGCCCAUAGACAGCAUAAGCUAGAAGGUGCUCUCUUGGCCCUUGGCCAGUUCCAGCAUGCCUUAGAGGAACUAAUGAGUUGGCUAACUCACACUGAAGAGCUGCUGGAUGCUCAGAGACCAAUAAGUGGAGAUCCUAAAGUCAUUGAAGUAGAGCUUGCAAAGCACCAUGUUCUCAAAAAUGAUGUUUUGGCUCAUCAAGCCACCGUGGAAACAGUCAACAAAGCUGGCAAUGAACUCCUGGAGUCUAGUGCUGGAGAUGAUGCCAGCAGCCUAAGAAGCCGCCUGGAAACCAUGAACCAGUGCUGGGAAUCUGUGCUGCAAAAGACAGAGGAGAGAGAGCAACAGUUGCAGUCAACUCUGCAGCAGGCCCAGGGUUUUCACAGUGAAAUUGAAGAUUUCCUCUUAGAACUCAAUAGAAUGGAGAGCCAACUUUCUGCAUCUAAACCUACAGGAGGACUUCCUGAGACUGCUAGAGAACAGCUUGAUACACAUAUGGAACUACAUUCCCAGCUGAGAGCCAAGGAGGAGAUUUACAAUCAGUUGCUUGACAAGGGCAGGCUUAUGCUCCUCAGCCGUGGUGAUUCUGGGUCUGGCUCAAAAACAGAACAGAGUGUAGCACUCUUGGAGCAGAAGUGGCAUGUGGUCAGCAGUAAGAUGGAAGAAAGAAAGUCAAAGCUCGAAGAGGCCCUCAGCCUGGCAACAGAAUUCCAGAAUUCCUUGCAAGAAUUUAUCAACUGGCUUACUCUGGCAGAGCAGAGUUUAAACAUCGCCUCUCCUCCCAGCCUGAUUUUGAACACUGUUCUUUCCCAGAUAGAAGAGCACAAGGUUUUUGCUAAUGAAGUAAAUGCUCAUCGAGACCAGAUCAUUGAACUGGAUCAAACAGGGAACCAGUUGAAGUUUCUUAGUCAGAAACAGGAUGUUGUCUUGAUCAAGAAUUUGUUAGUUAGUGUCCAGUCUCGGUGGGAGAAGGUUGUCCAGCGGUCUAUUGAAAGGGGGCGAUCACUGGAUGAUGCCAGGAAGCGGGCUAAGCAAUUCCAUGAAGCUUGGAAAAAACUGAUUGACUGGCUAGAAGAUGCAGAGAGUCAUCUGGACUCAGAACUGGAGAUUUCCAAUGACCCAGACAAAAUCAAACUUCAGCUUUCUAAACAUAAGGAAUUUCAGAAAACUCUUGGUGGCAAACAGCCUGUGUAUGAUACCACAAUCAGAACUGGCAGAGCACUAAAAGAAAAAACUUUGCUUGCUGAUGAUACUCAGAAACUUGACAACUUGCUAGGAGAAGUCAGAGACAAAUGGGAUACUGUCUGUGGCAAGUCUGUAGAGCGACAGCACAAGUUGGAAGAAGCCUUACUGUUUUCAGGCCAGUUCAUGGAUGCUUUGCAAGCUUUAGUUGACUGGUUGUACAAGGUAGAGCCACAGUUGGCUGAGGACCAGCCUGUACAUGGGGACCUUGACCUCGUCAUGAACCUCAUGGAUGCCCAUAAGGUUUUCCAGAAAGAACUCGGAAAGCGAACUGGCACGGUUCAGGUCCUGAAGCGGUCGGGCAGAGAACUAAUUGAAAGCAGCAGAGAUGACACCACGUGGGUAAAGGGACAGCUCCAAGAGCUUAGCACUCGCUGGGACACAGUAUGCAAGCUCUCCGUUUCCAAGCAAAGCCGACUUGAGCAGGCCUUAAAACAGGCAGAAGAGUUUCGGGACACAGUCCAUAUGCUGUUGGAGUGGCUUUCUGAAGCAGAACAAACACUUCGCUUUCGAGGGGCCCUUCCUGAUGACACGGAGGCCCUACAGUCUCUCAUUGACAUCCAUAAGGAAUUCAUGAAGAAAGUAGAAGAAAAACGGGUUGAUGUGAACACAGCAGUGGCGAUGGGAGAAGUCAUCCUGUCUGUCUGCCAUCCCGACUGCAUCACCACCAUCAAGCACUGGAUCACCAUCAUCAGGGCUCGGUUUGAGGAGGUCCUGACAUGGGCAAAGCAGCACCAGCAGCGUCUGGAAACAGCUCUGUCAGAACUGGCGGCUAAUGCUGAGCUCCUGGAAGAACUUCUGGCGUGGAUCCAGUGGGCUGAGACCACCCUAAUCCAGCGGGAUCAGGAGCCUAUCCCUCAGAACAUAGACAGAGUUAAAGCUCUUAUCACUGAGCAUCAGUCAUUUAUGGAGGAGAUGACACGCAAACAACCUGAUGUGGACCGGGUCACCAAGACUUAUAAAAGGAAGAAUAUAGAACCCACCCAUGCUCCUUUCAUCGAGAAAUCCCGCAGUGGUAGCAGAAAGUCCUUGAGUCAACCCACACCUCCCCCCAUGCCAAUUCUCUCACAGUCUGAAGCAAAAAACCCACGAAUCAACCAGCUCUCUGCCCGCUGGCAGCAAGUGUGGCUGCUAGCCCUGGAGCGCCAGCGGAGGCUGAAUGAUGCCCUGGACAGAUUGGAGGAGCUAUGCCCAGAAUUGAAGGAAUUUGCCAACUUUGACUUUGAUGUCUGGAGGAAAAAGUAUAUGCGUUGGAUGAAUCACAAAAAAUCUCGAGUCAUGGAUUUCUUCCGGCGUAUUGACAAGGACCAGGAUGGGAAGAUAACACGUCAGGAGUUUAUUGAUGGCAUUUUAGCAUCUAAGUUCCCAACCACCAAGUUAGAGAUGACAGCUGUGGCUGACAUUUUUGACAGAGAUGGGGAUGGCUACAUUGAUUACUAUGAAUUUGUGGCUGCCUUACAUCCCAACAAGGAUGCCUAUCGACCAACAACUGAUGCAGAUAAGAUUGAAGAUGAGGUCACAAGACAAGUGGCUCAGUGCAAGUGUGCAAAAAGAUUCCAAGUGGAACAGAUUGGAGAGAAUAAAUACCGGUUCUUCCUCGGCAAUCAGUUUGGAGAUUCUCAGCAGUUGCGGCUGGUCCGUAUUCUGCGUAGCACUGUGAUGGUCCGAGUUGGUGGAGGAUGGAUGGCCCUGGAUGAGUUUCUAGUGAAAAAUGAUCCCUGCCGAGCACGAGGCAGAACUAACAUAGAACUUAGAGAGAAAUUCAUCCUACCAGAAGGGGCAUCUCAGGGGAUGACUCCAUUCCGGUCACGGGGUCGAAGAUCCAAACCAUCUUCCCGGGCAGCUUCUCCCACCCGCUCCAGCUCAAGUGCUAGUCAGAGUAACCACAGCUGUACAUCCAUGCCUUCUUCUCCAGCCACUCCAGCCAGCGGGACCAAGGUAAUUUCAUCAACAGGCAGCAAGCUGAAACGACCAACACCAACUUUUCAUUCUAGCCGAACAUCCCUUGCUGGUGACACCAGCAAUAGUUCUUCCCCAGCUUCCACAGGUGCCAAAACUAACCGGGCAGACCCUAAGAAGUCUGCCAGCCGUCCUGGGAGUCGGGCCGGGAGUCGGGCAGGGAGUCGAGCCAGUAGCCGUCGAGGAAGCGAUGCCUCUGACUUUGACCUUCUAGAGACGCAGUCGGCUUGUUCAGACACUUCUGAGAGCAGUGCUGCCGGGGGCCAGGGCAGCUCCAGAAGAGGGCUCACCAAACCUUCCAAAAUCCCAACCAUGUCUAAGAAGACCACCACUGCCUCCCCCAGGACUCCAGGUCCCAAGCGAUGACACUGUACAAGCACCCACACCACUAUCCACGUUGAAUCCUGCUCCGUACAUUGGUGUAUAUUUAUUCUGAACGGGAGAACUUAUAUUGUUAAAAUUGUAAAAGAAUAAUUGUGUUAUGAAGCUGCCUUAUUUUUUUUCCUUUUUGUAAGUUACUAUUUUCAUGUGAAUAUUUAUGUAGAUAAAAGUUGCCUCCUGGUAACCCUGUAACAGAUAGGGCCCAGAGAUGAAAUAUUUGAGGAAAACAAAAGGUCAAGAUGCAGAUGUGUAUUAAAAAGAAAAGCCUCUACAUAGGGUUUCAUGUGGUGCAGGCUUAUAAACCUGCUUUAUCUUUUAGGAUUAUUCCUAAAUACAUCUUCUUUAUAAACUUGACUUGCUAUAUCAGCAAGAUAAAUUAUA